AUGCUGGGCAAGUGCUGUUUUUGCAUCGGUUUGAGGCCGGCGACUCUCAUUCUAGCUACUCUUGGCGCGUUGGCAAACCUUGUCAAUGCCUACCACUUUUCAGUCUUUGAAGGAAAUUAUGGAUUUUUAUAUACUGUCUUAUCCACUUACUACCUUGGUGCUUCUUUGGCAUGUAUCUGUGGUUUCCAAGGUGUCCUUAAGAAUAAAGUUAAAUAUGUCAAGAUCUUUGCUAUCUAUUACUGGUGGCAGCUUCUUGUCGCGUUUACUUUAUCGAUCAUGAUUUCAGUCAUCGUUUUCUAUUUUGAAUUCGAUGUCUGUGAAAAAUUCAUCGGACAGCCAGAUGUCGAUAUGACAUUGGAGGAAUGCUUAGAUUUCUAUUUCAAGAGUGCUGCUUUCCUUGUUAUUUCUCUUGCAGUUGGAUGUCUUAUUGAGCUCCACUUUUGCAUGGCUGUUUGGGCUUAUUACAAACGUCUCAGCGUUGAACAACAAUAUCGGGAUAUUUCUGAUGUCGUCUAUCAUGUUCAAUAUACACCUGUUCAACAUGCUUCCAUUCAAUAUUCAGCUCAAUAUUCAGCUCCCGAAGACAGCAAUCUUCCUCCAGCCUAUGAAAGCGUUCAUGGAAUUUUAGGUGAUCAGAAAUUUGGUGCUACUCCUACCGUGGCCGGUAAGCAAUAG